AUGAACACCUGGAUUGGAGGAGACGUCUGUUUUGGAGGGGACGUCUGUUUCCAACUCGACGUUUUGGCGAGAGGAGAGAGAAGAGGGUGUCGUUCUAAUACAACACUUACACUUACAAUUGCUUUUGAUGCAGCCGUUAGAUUAGAUCCAAUGGUGUUCUCACGUAACGUUCGCACAUAA